UUUUGUAACAACAUACAGAGGCAGAAGGACUGAAUCUCCAGCAGGUUCAGGGCAGGAGUGAGGAUUGGCCAACCCAGCCAGGUUGUGUCAAACACAAACAGCCGGAAUUACCUGCCCCAGCAAGGAUUUCACCAAGGACUCUGUUGGUGCUGACCUUCAGAGUGCACACAGCACCUGAGAGAGAGGAGAGCGGCUCGACACGGCGACAAGCUGAGCGAUGAGCUUCGCGGAGUUCUACUUUAACGUGGACAACGGUUACCUGGAGGGUUUGGUCAGAGGAUUUAAAGGUGGGAUCCUGAAGCAAGCGGAUUUCCUCAACCUGGUGCAAUGCCUCACUCUGGAAGACCUGAAGCUCCAUCUCCAGAGCACAGAUUAUGGUAGCUUUUUGUCUAACGAGACUGGCCCUCUGACGGUGUCGGUGAUUGACGACAAACUGAAACAGAAACUGCUGCUGGAAUUUGUCUACCUGAGGAACCACGCAUUGCCACCACUCAGCACCUUCCUGGAUUACAUCACGUACAGCUACAUGAUUGACAACGUCAUCCUGUUGAUUACGGGCACAUUGCGCCAGCGUCCGAUCUCCGAACUCCUUCCCAAAUGCCACCCCUUGGGCAGCUUUGAGCAGAUGGAAGCUGUUCACAUUGCCCAGACUCCUGCUGAACUCUACAAUGCCAUCCUGGUUGACACACCACUAGCUUCCUUCUUUCAAGACUGCAUCUCAGAGAACGACCUCGAUGAAGUCAACAUUGAAAUAUUACGAAACAAACUUUACAAGGCGUAUCUAGAAUCAUUUUACAAUUUCUGUAAGGAGCAGGGCGGACAGACUGAGCAGGUGAUGUGUCCCAUUCUGGAGUUUGAGGCUGACCGCCGUGCGUUUAUCAUCACCCUGAACUCCUUUGGGACGGAACUGAGCAGAGAGGACCGAUCUGCGCUGUACCCAUGCUGCGGCCGACUGCACCCUGACGGUCUAACCCUCCUGUCCAACGCAGAAGAUUUUGAGCAUGUGCGUGCAGUAGCUGCAUAUUACGUGGAGUAUAGAUACUUGUUUGAAAAUGCAGGGAAGGAUUCUGAUGAGAAGACGCUUGAGGACAAGUUCUUUGAAUAUGAGGUGAAGCUGAACGUGCUGGCGUUUGACAGCCAGUUCCACUUCGGCGUGUUUCACGCUUACAUGAAGCUGAAGGAGCAGGAGUGCCGGAACAUAGUGUGGAUCGCAGAGUGUAUCGCUCAGAGGCACCGUGCCCGCAUCGACAGCUACAUCCCGAUACUCUAAACGCACAGCCACGUUCACAUCAGCAGUGCGAAUGUCACCAACUCCUGCAGCGUGUACCAAGCGGCUGAACUUCAAUAACCAGCCCGCCCGAGGAACCACCACCCCAAUAAACCUCAACUAAUUUGCUUUUUUGCUCAUUGUAUAAUUUGUCGUCAGUAAUCAGCCUUCAGUCAUUAGCCGGCUUCCAUGGUCUAUCCGGUGAAAAUGGUUCCCAAUAGAAGAACAAGCAUUAAUGUGAUCGGACUCGUGUGAUCCUAGUAAUAAACUGUCUGGGUUAUUGUAUUCUGCAGUUUCACGCCAAUCAGAAUGAUUUAUUUGACCGGAUUCCACGCUGCUACUGGUAUUCAGCUAAAGGUGAGAGUAAAUCCUUGUGCCAAACCAUUUUAAAAAAAUCAUAACUACUUUUCAGAAUCAGAAUCGGGUUUAAUAUCAUUUGCAUAUGUCAUGAAAUUGGUUGUUCUGUGGCAGUAGUACAUUGCAAUACAUAAUAAAAUCUGUAAAUUACAAUAAGAAGUAUAUAUUUAAAAAUUAAAAUAAAUAAGCAGUGUAAAAAGAGAGAG